GACAAAGAAUACAUAAACAUUUCGUACGUAUUUUUCUUAUACGUUAUACACAAUCAUGCUAUAGGUUUUCAAACAACCAGUUACAAAACUUUUGAUAUACAGGCGAAACUCCGCAAGAUGGUCGACGAGCAAGUGUCAGUGGGGUCCCGUGUCGAUGCAGACGCGGACCCAGAGCCAGCUGACCCGCUCAUCACACCGGCCAGCUCAGCUCUCGAGAGACCAGAGCUAGACCGACCCGUGCCCCCCGAACGACGUCUGCUCAUCGGGACGCUUGACAAGCCCCGCAAUGGAGCCCUGAAUGUUGAUAAAGAAGGGACGCUGAACAGAGCUACGAGGCUAUCCAUCAGAAAUGGGAAGGAUAACCCCUUUAUAGAUGAUGACAAUAAAGAAAACCAGGCCAAUGGCAAGAUUGAGUCUCCGGUGAAGUGGUCAACACAGAAUGGUAGUGACAGUGGAACGUAUGCUGAAAUCGGCAAUGGGGCGAACAGCAAUACUAGUGAACGGAACAUUCUGGAUCCAGCAGACAGUUCUGAAGAGGAGGUUCCAUUGCCCGAUGCCACGUCACCGGGGAGAAGCAGCGAUGGUCCCGAACCAAGAGCCGAUAUCACCGCCACUCUUGAUGGAGAAGCGGCGUCCCCUGGCGGGAGAUCGGACCGAUCGCGCCAGGAGGAGAUCCCCGCGUCCCCGGGGAUGCUCACCGCAGCACAAGUGGCCCGGAGGCUAAGGAUGGAAAAUGAAAGAUUACAAGCCGAGUUGACUCGAGUGCGGCGUCUGCUGGUGGCUGCCGCAGAACGUGGUGAGGCUGGCAGCGCCCUCCUGGAGCGAGCCAAGUCUGAAGGGACACAGGACGGUCCUCAACUGGACCCUCAACUGCUUGAGAAGGAACUACUGCUCGCCAGAGAAGCUGUUAAUUCUCUGAAAGCGGACAAAAAGAGGCUAAAAGCCGAGAAAUUUGAUUUACUAAACCAAAUGAAACAACUCUACGCCACGCUUGAAGAUAAAGAGAAAGAGCUUCGCGAUUUCAUCAGGAACUAUGAACAGAUGCGUUCCCGUGGCGGCGCAUCAUCUGCGUUGGGCGCCGAACGUGCCGAACGAGAGCGCGAGCGCGCGGCGCUGCUGCGGCACGCGCGCGACGAGGCCGAGCGCUCGCUGCAGCUGGCCGCCGCGCUCAGCGCCCGCGACACGCAGCUGCGACACGCCAGGGAACAACUGUUUGAGGCAAGGCGCCAGCUCCAAGCUGCAGGGUGCCUCUCAGAAGGCGAAAGUGUGGCCUCUUUGGGCAUGGGGCCGCCAAUGAUGUUAGGCGGACCGUCAGGGCUGAUUGGGGAUAGAGGUAGCUGCAGCGCUGACUCUGGUGUUCGAGGCAGCAGCGAUGGUGGCGCCACUUCGGUGUGCGGUGGCAACCUAUCCGACUCCACAGCUGAGGGCGCACCACCCACACUUGACGCAUACGACACUGAUGCCGCUUCUCUCGUGUCUUCCGCACAUCACAUCUACCAACUGAGUACGCCUCGUGACUGCAGCCCCACGCUGUCACCACACAACAGCGCGUCGCCCUUCACGCGGUCCAUCGACGCGGGAUCACUGUCAAGAUCGGUAGAACAGCUGUCAAGUCCAGGUGAGUGCGAAGCGGCUUUGCUGGGAGGCGUCCGCGGCCGCUCAAGUGCUGGAAGCAAGGGAGCUCGCGGCCGCGGCUCCGCUUGGGGAUCCAUCUCCCGCGUGUUCGCGCGCUCCCGACACCGCACCAAGUCUGGUAGUGCUGCCAUUAGCGGACAUGAGAGUGCUUGUUGUUCAGAGCCGAUCUACUCGGGCACUGGUAGCACGGCGCGCGCUUGGUCCCCCCUAGGCAGUGAGGCGGCACUGCGCGAGGCCGCCUCACUCCCGCUGUCACGGUGGCGCGCGCCCGCCAUCAUCGCCUGGCUGGAGCUGGCUCUGGGCAUGCCGCAGUACGCUGCUGCUGUCGCUGAUAACGUCAAGAGUGGCAAGAUCCGUGCUUUGAAUGGGCAGGUUCUGCUCGAGCUCUCAGACGCUGACUUGGAGGUGGGCCUGGGGAUCUCGCAGCCGAUGCACCGUAAGAAGCUUCGGCUCGCCAUCGAAGAACGAAGGAGACCAGAUCUCGUGAGGAACCCCAGCAUAGGACAAUUGACGCACGCUUGGGUCGCUGCUGAGUGGCUGCCAGAUCUAGGACUGUCACAGUACGCAGAGUCAUUUUUAGCGAACUUGGUGGAUGCUCGCAUGCUAGAUACCAUCAGUAAGAAAGAGCUGGAGAAAUAUCUGGGAGUGACUCGCAAGUUUCACCAAGCGUCCAUAGUGCACGGCAUCCAUCUGCUCAGAAUAAUGAAGUAUGAUCGGCAGGCGUUAGCCGUCAGGCGACAUCAGUGCGAGAACGUCGACGCUGAUCCCCUAGUAUGGACCAAUCAGAGAUUCAUGCGAUGGGCUCAUAAUAUUGAUUUAGGUGAAUUUGCGGAAAAUCUGAAAGACAGUGGAGUGCACGGUGGGCUUGUAGUACUAGAGCCAUCGUUCACCGGCGAGACAAUGGCCACCGCUCUCGGUAUACCUCCAUCGAAGAGCAUUAUCCGAAGACACCUAGUGGCUGAAUUCGAUGCCCUCGUUAUUCCAGCGAGGUAUACGAUAUUUUGCCAGGUGGAAGAACUGCAAGUGGAGGCUGCCCGAGCAUCCAUGUUGUCCACAAAACAAAGAUAAACCCACGAAAAUCAAAAAACUCUCGUUUAAAAAAUAAAAAUAACUUGCUUCGGUGCCCAAACCUGUAUCUAUGUAAAAUUUCCUGUAUCAAAAUGUUUGUAAAUUCGCUAUUUUUACACAAAAUAUUUUCUUUGCAAAAGAAAAUUAUGUAUCUAUCGACCGUCAAAACUCGCUCGUUUUUUGGAAACUUUUUUGAUGGAAAACUUUACGAGCGGUAAAGACUGAUAAGUUAUCGUAGGGAUCGUGGUUUGUAAGUAAAGAAUAUCAAAAAGUUGGAGCGAUCGGACACCUUCACACUAAUGUUAUGUUUUACCUUCGCCUUCGUCAGUGUUAGAUUCAAUGUUGGACAUUGUGACCCCCUAGAGUCCCGAUCUUGCCGUAGAUUAGAUUCGUCGCGUUCAUGUUUAUUCGAGAUUGAUCAAUUUGAUAAACUAGUAAAUGUAUACAACUUAGUUGGUAUUAUAAAGAUAUAAGCAUGUGAUGCUCCGUAAUGUUCAUAGGGGGUAGUUCUUAUCCCAUUACCUGCAUUCACUAAAUUUAAUAAAACAAGUUCGUUUCAAUUUAAUGACAAUUUUUAAAUAAAUGUAAUAAUCGAAGAUUUUAAAAUCUUUACAAUUGAAUAUUCAUAGGUGUAAAGACGGAACCAUUCACCAUAGCUUUAGGAUUAUAACAAUAAUAGCAUUUACUAAUACUUACUGUAAGAUAACUAUGUUUUUGACUUGUAUACAUUCAUACUGUAAAGUUGACAACAUUGUAUAUUAGGUUCACCUGUAACGAUAUCAAUUAAAAUAUAAAUGUGAAUAAAUCCUGAUGAAAACGAUAAGCCUAAGGGACA